AUGAGGGACCCACUGACAGACUGUUCGUAUAAUAAAGUAUACAAGAACCUGAAGGAGUUUUCUCAAAUUGGAGAAGAUUUCUGCAAGCAGAUCACAUCCAUUCUUCAGCAAAGGGCAAAUCUGGAGAUUAAUUAUGCCAAAGGACUUCAGAAACUGGCAACCAAGCUAAGCAAAACAUUACAGAACACAAAGAAAAACUGUCUUGUCAGUGCCUGGGCCUGGGUCUCGGAGGGCAUGAAGUCUGCAGGGGACCUGCAUCAAAAACUUGGCAAAGCAAUUGAGUUGGAAGCAAUAAAACCAGCUCAUCAAGUCCUGAGUGCACAUGAAAAAAAGAGAAAAUCACUUGAUAACGAAGUUGAGAAGACAGCAAAUCUUGUCAUUAGCAACUGGAAUCAACAAAUUAAGGCCAAGAAGAAAUUGAUGGUUAGCACCAAGAAGCAUGAAGCACUUUUCCAUCUUGUAGAAAGCUCCAAGCAGAUUACAACUGAGAAGGAGAAGCAGAAGCUCCUCAAUAAACUGAAAAAAUCAACCGAGAAGUUAUCAAAAGAAGAUGAAAAUUACUACCAAAAAAACGUGGCAAGCUGUUCUACCAGACUGAAAUGGGAGAACACACUGGAAAAUUGCUUCCAGAGCAUCCUGGAGCUGGAGAAAGAAAGAAUUCAACUUUUAUGCAAUAACUUAAACCAGUACUCCCAACAUAUUUCUGUUUUUGGCCAGACCUUGACCACAUGCCACACGCAGAUUCACUGUGCCAUCAGCCAAAUAGACAUCGAAAAAGAUAUCCAGGCUCUCAUGGAAGAAACCACAGUUUCAUCUACAGAAAAUAAAUCCGAGUUCCUAUUAACCGACUACUUUGAAGAAGAUCCUAAAAAUGCAAUGAGCAAAGAGCGACAGACAUCUUCAAUAAAAUCAAAACUGUUGAGGCUGCAAAAAGAUAUUGAAAAAGCCUCGCGAGACCAAGAAGGCUUGGAACGAAUGCUGAGAGCCUACUCCAGACACUCUUCCUUCUCAGACUCAGAGAGCGAAAAAAGCACAGCAGCCUUAAUGGACGAGAAUAGCUUGAAACUAGACCUUCUGCAAGCAAACUGCUAUAAACUGUCAUCUGUGUUAGCAGAACUUGAGCAAAGACCUCAACCCAGCCAUCCCUGUAGUAACUCCAUCUUCAAGUGGAAAGAAAAGCAGCAGACACAUAGUUCUGUAAAAAUAUCUCGGCCUGUUCUGACGAAGAGACUAGAGAAUGUUGUGAACAGAGCAUCUUCUGAUGGGCAGAGAAUUCCAAGUCCUUCAUCUACAGCCUCCGGUGUGACCCAGCUCGGCAAUGGUCUUUGCAAGGCCUUAUAUUCUUUUCAAGCCAGGCAAGAUGAUGAAUUGGACUUGGAAAAAGGCGACAUCGUGACGAUACACAAGAAGAAAGAUGAAGGAUGGUGGUUUGGCUCUUUAAAGGGAAAAAAAGGUCAUUUUCCUGCCGCUUAUGUGGAGGAGCUUCCUUCAAAUGCCGGGGACACAGCUUCACAAGCAUGA